UAGAUAUGUUAAAUGUUAUAUUACCUUCCAAACUAAGUGCGGCUAUAAAGAGCGGAGAAAUUCCAAUCCGCGCGCGACCAAUUAUGAGCCACGAGAGAAUGAUCACUUGCAUACUGCAUGUGACGAAGAUGUACCGGCUCCCGCAUGACGAGUAUUUAAGCUGGGGUCGACCAACCUCUCUCACUAAUUCCCACGCGACGACGAGGAUGAGAUUUUGUAUUCACCAGUCCAUGAGGGUUACAAAUUGCUGAUCGAGAGCACUUUACCCAGCAUUCUUGGCGGGGAAUUGGAUUGGUGUGUGUGGUUAUGGGUUGUGCUGGUGUUGUACAAGAUACGCAGGCUGGGUAAGUAAACGGUUAAAUGGGAGCCGGAUGUUUGGGGUAUCCCGCUGGGGGAGUGUAUAUAUGUUUGUGGAUUGGAUUGUUGUGGUGAUAUACUUCAUACCAUCUAAUUCGAUCCUCUACAACUCGAGAACUAAACUGCGAUAUCAUAACUACACUCCACCCUGUUCUAAAGAUGUAUUUCCUCCACCUACUCCUUGCCUUCCUUCCCCUCGUUCUUGCUUUGCCGUUGGAAAGGAGAUCAGACGCCUUCUACGGACGCGGCCAACUCAUCGUCAACGAUCAGAAUGGUGCGGCGAUAGGAUGUCUGAUCAGAACAGGAGAGUUUACUGCUGAUAUGUCGGGAUGUGCUGUUUUUACGGGCGAUAAGAAAGUCAUUCGUUAGUUCCUCCAUCAUCUUACCACUCUCUAUUUCUUUCCUCUUUCCUAUCUGCUUCCACUCAGCUCCCUUUCCCGGAGAAUGAAAACUGGAACUUCGUAAAAGAGAAUAGGAACAGGAUUUAUCUGAUAGGAUAUAGCUCAACCACCACCCCACGACAAAUACGGAACUAUAUACCGCACUUUAAGCAACGAACUCGGCUACUGCGGUGCACCGGUCUUGGGACCUUACCCGGCCAUAUCACCGAUCGUGUGCAGUCCGACGAUGGAUCCCGUUGUUGAGAGUUACUGGCUUUUAUAUCUCUCCUUCGAUCUCUGUCCUCGUUUUCUCCUCCCCCCCAGCUCAAAACCUCAACAUGACCCCAAAAACAGGCCAGUGCGCUGAUAGUAGACUAGAUCUCAACAGGCCAAAAUGCCAACCUCGGAAUCCCCAUUUUGGAAUAUGCAAAAGUCGAUUUUACGACGCUUUACCAGACUCUGGAUGGGGAGGUGCCGGUUUAUGGGGGGACGAAACAGGUUACGCCGGUUUAUGGGAAUAAUGGUAAUAAGGGGGCUAAGUAUGUUAUUGUAUGGAAGGCGGUCUAA